AUGUCCACUUUCUGCUUAGAUCUGCAGACGUCUGCCGUGGUUUCAGCACCACUGGAGCUGGACAGCGACUGCAUGGAGCCCCGGUCCAGCGCUGCCGCUCAGGAGCCCGGCGGCUUUCAGGGUCAGCCGCUGCGGCACGCCGGCUCCGGAGGCCUCGGCAUGGCCUUGGAGGAGGAACUGGCCAUGCUUACCGGGGAGCGGGACGACGAGGAGGAGCUGCCCGAACAAGAGACGCCCGCGGUGGGGCAUAACGCAGACUUGCUGUCGCUCUUCCGUCAAAAGGAAAAAGACUUGGUUUUAGCUGCUAAACUCGGCAAAGCGUUGCUGGAGAGAAACCAAGACUUGACCAAGCAAUAUGAGAAAAUGCACAAAGACCUCAACGAGAAAUUAGAGCACUUGGAGCAGGAGAAGCAUGAGUUGCGUCGGCGUCUGGAAAGUCGAGAGGGGGAGUGGGAAGGCCGCGUGGCCGAGCUGGAGACGGACGUCCAGCAGGUGCAGGGUGAGCUGGAGCUCCAUCAGUUCCAGCUGAGGGAGACCGACAGAGACAAGACCAAGGCAAUCGGCGAGCUCUCCGAACAGAACCACAGAUUGCUGGAGCAACUCAGUAGGGCUGCAGAGGUGGAGAGGCAGCUGUCCACUCAGGUCCAUUCAUUACGGGACGACUUCAGGGAGAAGAGUAUGUCUACAAGCCAGCACAUGACUCGACUAGAAACUCUACAGGCUGAGCAAGGGCUAGAAAUUAAGAUGCUGUCAGAGAGGAAGAUGGAGCUGGAGCGUCGGGCGCACGCCAUGCUGGAGGAGAACGAGCUGCUGCAGAACACAGUGGACGACCUCCGAGAGAGGACGCUGGUGUUGGAGAGGCAGUCUCACCAGAAGGACCUACAGUUACGGCAGAGCCAGCUGGAGCUUCAGGAGGUUCAGGUGUCCCACAGGCAGCUGACUACUCGGCUGGAGGAGUUGACGGAGGAGCACAGCCUCCAUAGUUUCACCCCGCACCCGUCCAGCCUGCUGUGUGAGAUAGAACAGAGCAUGGAGCAGGAGGAGCAGGAGCAGGAGAGAGAGCAGCUGCGUCUUCAGCUAUGGGAGGCCUACUGUGAAGUUCGCUCGCUCUGCUCUCAUCUCCGGGGAAACGACGUCACAGACUCGGCGCUGUCCACCGACUCUUCCAUGGACGAGUCCUCGGAGACGUCCUCAGCCAAGGAUGUGCCUACAGGGAGCUUCCACACCAGCCUGCUAGAGCUACGGAGGCUCACACAGAAUCUGCUGGAUGGCAACGAGUCCACGGGCUCGCGGCGCAGUGAUGAGGAGGCUCUGGAGGAGCAGGUGAGGAAGCUGGGAGAGGAGCUGAGGGAAGUCAGAGAGCUGUACGAAACUGAGCAGGACAAAACACGCAGCAACGGAGAUGAUGCGCUACAGCUGCACAAUCAGAUGGCGCUGCUCUCGGUAGAGAUGUGUUCUCUCCGGGAGGACAACGAGCGGAUGAGGACGAUGGCUGAAGUCCGAGAACCCAGUGAGCAGCUCCAGACUGCCAUCAGAGACAGAGAUGACGCCAUAACCAAGAAGAAAGCGGUGGAGAUGGAGCUGGCCAAGUGUAAAAUAGACAUCAUGUCUCUGAAUAGCCAGCUCCUGGAUGCCAUCCAGCAGAAGCUCAACCUGUCGCAGCAGCUGGAGGCUUGGCAGGAUGAUAUGCACAGAGUGAUUGACCAGCAGUUGAUGGACAAGUACCAGGACGAGUGGCGCUCGGCCCCUACCUCCCUGUCGGGCUCGUCGAGGGCACACGGCGGGCAGUCCUCCAGACGAGCUCACCGCAUCUCCGACCGGGACAAGAGACUUUUCUCUUUUUUCAAAAAGAACUGAGCCCCAUUGGACUGGUCCUGAGCACAGCAGACAGACAGAGACGGACGAGGCGAGGGAGAAGGAGGGCGUGACAUCACAGUAUAAGGGUAACAACACAGCCAAAGACGGGCAGUGGCACACACUGAAGUUUGGGGAGGGGGGGGGGGUCAUUUGCACUUUAUCUGUCCCAUUACUCUUCUCUUCGCUGAUUAAAUGGUGACGGCUGACAAUGAGAGAUAGAAAUAUAAGAAUAGGAGUUCCCCAAAGGCUUUGGUUUCAGCCCCUCUCAUAGAGAGUCUCGGUCUUACAGAACAGGAACACGGUCACAAAGUUUACCUCCAAAGAGGAAGGUUUCCUUUUAGUGCCUACGACCAUCUCUACUAGCCCACUGCCAACUCUGUAGAGAGGGAACACUAUGUAUAAAUUGUUACUGUAUGCAUCCCAGUUAUCAGGGCAGGGAGUCUGGGGAAAGACGGGUGGAUGUAUGGGACACUGCAGGGUUGUGGAGAAAGAAGAGGGUAGCGGGGCAGAGCUCUUUGUCAGAAUACGACGUUGCAGCCAGCCCACAUGUGAUCUCUCAGGUUUAUUCAUUUGUUCAGGGGAUUUUCACAACAUGAGGCAACAGCUUGAUGUAUCAGCACCAUAGUGUGCUGCAUAUCUGACAGGACAAAUUAUAAAAAAAGAAUGCUUAUUUUUUUACUGACAGCUGUGCAGGUGAAUUCCACAGUGAGGAUUUACCGUGGUGCAAUGCCCAUGGCCCAAACCGCCAAUCAAAGUGAGAAAAAAAAUAAACUUUCUGCACUUCUUAUUGCACUUUCAUAAAGCUGCACUAAUCAAUAUUUUUUUUACGUAGACCAUGUGUAAUGUGAAAGGGUUAACUCAUAGUCAAACCCACAGAAUUAUCACCAUCAGCUCCACGAGUGUUUUAUCUUUUUUUAGCUCAUUGUUUUGGUUUUUAUGGCCUGUUUUGGUUCAACAGCAGUAGGCAGCCGUUUUCUGCAAAAAGCUGUGAUAAACUGGUUGACCAUCGUCUACUCAGCAUCAAACGGCAAACAGUUAGCAGCUACCCGGUGAACACGGUGGAGCGUUUAGCAGCUAAAGAGGCACAAUCAAGCUUGUGGAUCCUUAAAUGAGUGAGUGUUUCAAAACCAGCACUUUGAAGUCAGGCCUGUGGGUCCGUGGUGAAGUCUGAGGCCUUCAUGCUCAUCUCCAACAUCUGAAUAAACCUUUGGGUGACUGAAGUUAGUGAUAUCGUCAUGUCCAGGUUUCCACAGUUCACUUUAUACUUAACAUUUAAAGUAUUUAUCAUUUUUCAAAGAAAAAACUGUCCAACAUUGUCCUCGUGAUGUCAAUCAUCUCCCUAGUUGACCAAAUUUAAAAAAAUGUUUACAUCAGCUUGAGAAGGACGAAGAACUAUGUAGAAUGCUCAUCAACUCUCAAUCAAUCCAGCUCAACAAUAGCCUGUUGAAUUUCUGAUCAUUAGAAGGCAUGUUGUUGUACAGAAACUUCACUAAACUUCCUCUGCAGCGUUCCAGGUCUGAGCUGCUUUGGUUCACUGCUCAUAGAAAAGGUCUACCUCCAUUCUCAUUGCUUCAAUACUUCAUGGGCACUUUGAUUUCUUAUCUGUCGGGCUUCCGUUUUAGGCAACAUAUCUGUGACUCCAUCAGUAAUACAGUAUGUGUUGACCUGAAAUCUCCGAGCAUGAAUGACUUGGUGUGGCACAGUGAUGUCUCAUGUCCGUCUGUGUUUGUACUCGUGUCUAAUGCAGCUGUGCAAACCUAUAUGCAGAUGUCUUCUCGUCAUCUCAGCUGGUUGUUGGGAAGGAUCAACCCAAAGAAUGAUUUUUUUUAUAAAAAAGUUGAAUAGGUUUGGACAAAAUCGUUAUAUUUAUAAGAAAAAAAUGCAUACCUUUUUGAAUGAAAAUCUUUUUUUAGGGGAAAUAUACCUGUGUGUUGUUAUUUCUAGGCUGAUAUUUUCAUGCGUGUCCUAACGGUGAGCAGGAAUUCCACUGAUGAGGUGGAAGUUAUCAUUCAUACGUAUGUCUGUCCGGAUGUGGCAUGCAGUAGAGCUGGAGAGAGAUUCAUGAGUACCAGUUUCGCCCAAAUUAGUCACCAAGAUGAUGCGUAACUAACCGGGAAGACCCCAAGAAGCCUCAUGAAUCUUGAUUAUUAAUCCAAGAGUGCCCCAACUAAUGGAAAUUCUGUUCUUGGUACCACUUCCUGAUAACUCACCCUUUACGUUAAGUCUACAUUUAAAAAAAUCUCUAUUAAGGAGUCAAGAGUUUCUCACUUUCUAAUAAACAAACAGCAAGAUUUAGAACAUCAUCUCUGAAUAUAACUGUUAAAGUAAUUAAUUAAGGGUUCUUACAACAGGCUAGACAAAGAUCCUCAUUACUGUUAAUAAAUUAAUUUUCCAAGUGCCCUGUAGACCUUUCUAGGAGAUCAGAGGUCAUGUGAUUUAUAAGUCUUCCUGAUGAGUUAAAGAGCUAAACUGAUUUUUAUAUGUAACCGGGGAAGCCUCAUUCUGGUGAUCCAUUUUCUAAAUCAGUUAACUCCUGUGUUUAUGACCUAAGAACUGGUGAAAACAUGGGUUUGCAGGACAAUCUUUCUAAGUUCCUUUAAAAAAAAAUGUAAUCUGUGAAACAGGCGGGAAAACAUUUUUGAUCAUUUUUCUACGUUAGUUUUUUUUUUUUUUUUCAUCUGUGAAAACAGUAAGUGUUUACUCAUUGCACUAGUACCCCAUGUUCUAAAUAGGAAUACAAGCAUUCAUGUUCUUCCAGGAGAGUUUAAACUGACAUAACAGCAUAACACACACUACAUGUACUUUGUGUUUAGAGUGCAUGAAAAAAUCAAAACUCACCUGGAAAAAAACAUUUUGUCCUAUUUAGAAGAUUGGGUUGUGGCGCACUGCAAACAACAAAUAAAAACUAAUCUUAAAAAAAAAAAAUUCACCUGACAAAACUUUUUCUCUACCAGUUUUACAGGUGAACAUUUAUUCUUAAGUCAUGAACACAGGAGAGAAAACCAUUAAGAUCAGAUUUAGAAAACUGAUUUUCUUUUCCUCACUCAUGGCUUCCAUACCCCAAUAACAUAAAAGAAUAUAUAUAUAUUUUUAAAGAAUGUAUUGGCCAAGGUAGGCAGCACUAACAAUGAGUAACAGAUUAACAAUAUAAGAUAACACAAUAAAAAAAGAUCAGAGUUAAACAGAAAUGUAUUCAGAUUUUUUCCUAAAAUCAACUUAAAUGGAACCUAAAACAACCCAAAAGAUAAUUUAAACCAUAAAAUAACCAAGACCAAUCCAAACAGUAAUAUAAUGAGAAUAUCAAGAUGUUUGCAAUUCUAAAUCUAACUUCACAAGCUUCCAGGAAUCCGAUUAUGCUGUAUUUAUUGUUUAUACUCUGUAUAAAGGGUUCCUUAUUAGAAAGUUCUAUCAGUGCUCCUGUCUGAAGGGAAAGUGUUAAAGUGGGUGAAUUAAGAACACUGACCCUUCACAUCCAGCUGUUUGUAGUUUGGGAUUCCCCUCCAUUGGCUGAUUGGCAGCGGAGGGAAACUUGGAUUAAACACCAGUCGCUGCUGCCAUAACCGGACUGUUAAUCGUCUCACUUCAUGUCACGUUUUUUGUUAGAAAAAUAAUAAGUUGUAACAUUUUUGGUUCUGUCCACAUUGUAUCAUGAUUACUGUUUGUUUCUCGUUUGAUUGUUUUCAGACACUGUACUGAUUCAUUUCUGAAUUUGAAAGCAUUUUCUGGAGUCCCUCUGCAGCUGCGUGUCAGUGUGGUAAACAUCCCGAUGCUGCCGCAGUGUGUGUGUGCGUGUGUGUGUGUGUGUGUUGCAGUGACAGACGGACAUGCCAUCGAGUGUGUUCUCCGUUGCUUGUCUCCACUUGAUCGGAUGUUGUUUUGGAAUGUAGUGCUUUCGGUGGGCUCAUUGUGCUCUGUGUGAGUGCUUCCAUUCACCACUGACUAACGGCACUGUUUCAGUUACAGAACGCUUCAAACUAUUCAAAAUAAUUAUCAUGCAAUUUUCUUAGCAUUUUGGGGAUUUCUUUUGUACAAAUAAAUACUUUGCAAUCU